ACUAGAGGCCGGACGGUGGCGGGAUCCGACGUCUGACUGGACCCGGCUGACUGAACUGAGCGCGGCAGCGGCGGCGAGGGCUGCGCGGCCCCGGCUCCCCGCCAGGUCGCAGAGACUAGCAGGGUCUAGCGGGCAGCCGGCGGCGCAGGCACAAUGGGGAACCGGGAGAUGGAGGAGCUGAUCCCUCUGGUGAACCGUCUGCAGGACGCCUUCUCCUCGUUGGGACAGAGCUGUCUGCUGGAGCUGCCGCAGAUCGCCGUGGUGGGCGGCCAGAGUGCCGGCAAGAGCUCGGUGCUCGAGAACUUCGUGGGCAGGGACUUUCUCCCUCGAGGGUCCGGCAUUGUAACGAGAAGGCCUCUUGUGCUGCAGCUUGUUACUUCCAAAGCAGAAUAUGCAGAAUUUCUACAUUGCAAAGGAAAAAAAAUUACAGAUUUUGAUGAAGUUCGCCAUGAGAUUGAAGCAGAAACAGAUCGAGUAACCGGAAUGAAUAAAGGAAUUUCCUCCAUACCCAUUAAUUUACGAGUCUAUUCCCCACAUGUGUUAAAUCUAACCCUUAUCGACCUGCCUGGAAUUACUAAAGUGCCCGUGGGAGAUCAGCCACCAGAUAUUGAGUACCAGAUCAGAGAAAUGAUUAUGCAGUUCAUCACACGGGAGAACUGUCUGAUUUUGGCUGUUACCCCAGCCAACACCGAUCUUGCAAACUCAGAUGCACUGAAACUAGCUAAAGAAGUUGAUCCUCAAGGUCUAAGAACCAUUGGAGUCAUCACCAAACUGGAUCUUAUGGAUGAGGGAACGGAUGCCAGGGAUGUCCUAGAGAAUAAGCUGCUGCCGCUUCGCAGGGGUUACGUGGGGGUGGUAAACAGGAGCCAGAAGGACAUAGAUGGGAAGAAGGAUAUAAAGGCUGCCACGUUGGCAGAAAGGAAAUUUUUUCUCUCACACCCGGCUUACAGACAUAUUGCUGAUCGGAUGGGGACCCCACACCUUCAGAAGGUCCUUAAUCAGCAACUUACCAACCACAUUCGAGACACCCUACCUAACUUCAGGAACAAACUGCAGGGACAGUUGCUGUCCAUAGAACACGAAGUAGAAGCCUAUAAAAACUUCAAGCCAGAAGACCCCACCAGGAAGACCAAAGCAUUGCUGCAGAUGGUUCAGCAAUUUGCUGUGGACUUUGAGAAGAGAAUUGAAGGGUCAGGGGAUCAAGUAGAUACCCUGGAGCUCUCAGGGGGUGCUAAAAUCAAUCGUAUUUUCCAUGAACGUUUUCCUUUUGAGAUAGUAAAGAUGGAGUUCAAUGAGAAAGAACUGCGAAGAGAAAUAAGCUAUGCAAUCAAAAACAUACAUGGUAUCAGGACAGGGUUGUUUACUCCAGACAUGGCAUUCGAAGCAAUAGUCAAAAAACAAAUUGUAAAGCUGAAAGGGCCUUCCUUGAAGAGUGUAGAUCUGGUAAUACAAGAAUUAAUCAACACUGUCAAGAAGUGUACCAAAAAACUGGCAAACUUCCCCAGACUCUGCGAGGAAACGGAAAGGAUUGUUGCUAACCACAUUCGUGAGCGAGAAGGGAAGACAAAGGACCAGGUAUUGCUGUUGAUCGACAUCCAAGUCUCCUACAUCAACACCAACCACGAAGAUUUCAUUGGCUUCGCAAAUGCUCAGCAGAGGAGCAGUCAGGUUCACAAGAAAAACACAAUUGGAAAUCAGGGAACCAAUCUUCCGCCUUCAAGGCAAAUUGUGAUUCGCAAGGGAUGGCUAACCAUCAGCAACAUUGGCAUCAUGAAAGGAGGCUCUAAGGGAUACUGGUUCGUCCUUACUGCUGAAAGCUUAUCCUGGUACAAAGAUGAUGAGGAAAAAGAAAAGAAGUAUAUGCUUCCCUUGGACAACCUGAAAGUUCGGGAUGUGGAAAAAAGCUUUAUGUCUAGCAAGCACAUCUUUGCACUCUUUAAUACAGAACAAAGGAAUGUAUACAAAGACUAUCGCUUUCUCGAGCUGGCAUGUGAUUCACAGGAGGAUGUAGACAGCUGGAAGGCUUCUCUACUAAGAGCUGGGGUUUAUCCAGAUAAAUCUUUAACUGAAAAUGAUGAGAAUGGCCAAGCAGAAAACUUUUCCAUGGACCCACAGUUGGAGAGGCAAGUGGAGACCAUUCGCAACCUCGUAGACUCCUACAUGUCUAUUAUCAACAAAUGUAUCCGAGACCUAAUUCCAAAAACGAUAAUGCAUCUUAUGAUCAAUAAUGUUAAAGAUUUCAUAAAUUCUGAGCUCCUAGCACAGUUAUACUCUUCAGAGGACCAAAAUACUCUGAUGGAGGAAUCUGCCGAGCAGGCUCAGCGCCGGGAUGAGAUGCUUCGAAUGUACCAAGCCCUUAAAGAAGCCCUCGUGGUCAUCGGCGACAUCAACACAGCCACGACGUUCACGCCCGCACCGCCGCCGGUGGACGACUCCUGGAUCCAGCAUUCCCGCAGGUCCCCGCCUCCAAGCCCCACCACCCAGCGGAGGCCGACGCUGAGCGCGCCCCUCCCGCGGCCCACGUCCGGCCGGGGGCCCGCACCCGCCAUCCCCUCCCCGGGACCCCACUCGGCGGCGCCUCCAGUGCCCUUCCGGCCUGGCCCGUUGCCUCCUUUCCCCAACAGCAGCGACUCGUUCGGGGCGCCUCCACAGGUUCCGUCUCGGCCCACCAGGGCCCCUCCGAGCGUCCCAAGAAAGGCUAAUGAACCAACUGAGACAGAGAAUAAGCUAAAGACUAGAUAACCACCAGCUAGAUAUACCACCACAAGUGAAUCCCCAAGCUUCUAUGGCAAUGUUGAAAACCAAGAGAAAGGAGACCUCAGGUGGCUUUGAAUAUGAUUUGGAAAAUAAUCUUAUUUUACAAUCAAAUAUACCAGUUGCCUCCACCAUGUAAAUACUACCUGUAUUAGGUUUCAGAUUUUCAUGAUCAGCCUUAUCUAAAUUUCAUUAUAUUUUGCAUUCAUCUAGAAUGAGACCUUUUAUGAGAGUAGGAGAUAGGAAAGCCUUUUUAAAGGUAUUUUGCAGCCCAAGAACCUAAAAUGGAAUUAUUCCACUUGGGAAUGGGUAAUUAUGUAAGAUAUAUUCUGUACCACGUGUUAUUUUUUUAACUUUAUAUUAGGAUUACUCUCAAAGCCAGUUUUAAAAGUGAAUGAAGUUUUUCCCUCAAAUAAAUCUCCUCCUAGUCUCGUGUUCAAGGGUCUCCGCCAGAAAGUCUGCACACUGCUUUGCCUUUAGACCACCAUUCAUGGAGGAAAGCUAUAAAAACUGAGGAAAACGUCUACUUAUUUUUAAAACAACUAGAAUUUCUUCUUGCUUCUUAGUAGUAUUGGAAAAUAUUUUAAUAACUAAAAUAAUAAAACUUCAUGUGAGGCCAAUUCUACAUUAAUUAUUGCCUCUUGGGGUGGAAAAUUAAGGAAACAUGAGUAAAUGUGUUAACUAGAGAAACCACUGCAGUAAUUUCCCUGCACGUAUCUGGGUCUAAGGUCACAAUAAAAUCCAUACUGUACAUAGCCCUUGAAAGAAAGCAAACUCACAGUUUUAGCUCUAACAGUAGUAGUAUCAGAACACUCAGGACUGAAAUUAAUGGACCAUAAAAAUCCCUGUGAUUCAUCAGUAG